GAGUUUUCCUCGUGUCUAUUUGAUCUCCUGGUUUGGGUCUUAACCAUCCAUCGACUUCGAUUCCUUCCUCAUUUGAUUACGUUUUCAAGGUUUGCAAGUAAGAGAUGUGCCAUGGGUGCAUUCCACCAACAUUCGACGAGGAAAGAUAUGUUGGUGGAUCUGUCCCUUUCAUUAGUGAGGAUGAUGUUGUUUUGGAGCUAUUCCAGCUGUAGUUGUUCUCUAGGAUAGAAACAAUGUGGAGAGUAGUAGUGGAAGCCUAGUUGGUGAGUGACUAGUAUAUCCAUAUAUGACAAAACGAGUUAUCUUUUUUGUUUCGAAACCCUGCAUAUUGGUCCCUAGGAUAAGCCUUUUUUAGUUGCAGAUGAUGGCCAUCAUGUCAAAAUGUGAUAUUUAUAAGUGAAGCAUUCAACUCGAAAAUGAUUUGAUACCGAGAAAUGGUUUUAUUGGAAGUUAUCACCCUUUAUUCUUGUGUUUGCAGACAUUUAAGUGAAGUGGAGACAUUCUAUCUCAAGAUGGGAGAUGUUGCAAAAGAUCUAACGUCUGGAACUGUUGGAGGAGCAGCGCAGUUGAUAGUUGGGCACCCUUUUGAUACCAUCAAGGUUAAGCUUCAAAGCCAGUCUGCUCCGCUUCCCGGGCAGCCACCCAAAUAUGCUGGUGCUAUGGAUGCUGUCCGACAAACUACAGCUGCGGAAGGGCUACGGGGUUUGUAUAAGGGAAUGGGGGCUCCAUUGGCCACUGUGGCAGCCUUUAACGCUGUCCUCUUUACAGUGAGAGGGCAAAUAGAAGCACUGUUAAGAUCGGAACCCGGUGCCACUCUUACAGUCGGCCAGCAGGUCAUUUGUGGGGCUGGUGCUGGUGUUGCUGUUUCGUUCUUAGCUUGUCCUACUGAGUUGAUCAAAUGCAGAUUGCAGGCACAGAGCGCGUUGGCAGAUGGAUCAGCCGGUGCAAUGGUAAAGUACGGAGGGCCGAUGGAUGUAGCGAGGCAUGUCCUCAGGUCAGAAGGUGGCGUAAGGGGUCUUUUCAAGGGAAUGGUUCCAACCUUAGCUCGUGAGGUUCCCGGAAACGCCGUCGUGUUUGGUUUCUACGAAGCGCUGAAGCAAUACAUGGCAGGAGGGCCAGACACAUCUAAGCUAGGAAGAGGCUCUAUUCUUACGGCAGGAGGCUUGGCUGGCGCUGCAUUCUGGCUCGCAGUCUACCCCACUGAUGUUGUCAAGAGUGUGAUCCAAGUCGAUGAUUACAAUAACCCCAAAUACAGAGGCUCCGUAAACGCCUUCAAGAGGAUAUUGGCUUCAGAAGGUCUGAAAGGCCUUUACAAAGGGUUUGGCCCUGCCAUGGCACGAAGCGUUCCUGCAAACGCAGCAUGCUUCUUGGCAUAUGAAGUGACCAAGUCUAGUUUGGCCUAAAUCAAUUGUUCUCUGCACUCUGAUUCUCACAAAAUAUUGAUAUAAGUUUGGCAUCGCCAGUGAGUUACAAUGUUUGAAUCGAAGUUUCGGAAAUAUUGUGACCCGAAUCCAUCGAGAUUGCUGUAGCUUCCAUUGAAUGAGUGGAAGAAAACAACAUUCUUUCAUCAAUUUAACAUCAACUC